CACUUAGUCGCGAUGACUAGUGACGGUGAUAACAACGCUCCCGCUCUGUCCCACGCUGACGUCGGUAUCGCCGUCGAGGGUACUACCGACGCUGCUGGCGGCGCUGCUGACAUCGUCCUGACGGAGCCCGGUCUUUCCACCGUCGUUCCACGGUUCGCGCAUCGUAUUCUAGGGUACGCACAACUACUCGAUCGACUCAUCACCCGCCCGCUCUCGCCCGUCUCACUCGUCUCACCCGCUCGCCUGCUUGGCGCUCGCUCACUUGCCCGCCCCGCUCGUCUGCCUACUCACGCCCUGGCUAGCUCGUUCGCAUGCCCACUCUCCCCUCUUCGCUAGCUCGCCCUCCCUUCUGCUCUCGCAGCUCGCUUGCUCGCCCAUCGAUGACACUCUGCUGGACGAGCAUCUCAGAAGGAUGGACCACACGUCAGCUCGAAUGCCGGACGUACGGAAGUGAACAGCGCGGACGACGUACCACAGUGCACGCAUUCACGCACGCUGGACGCGUGUCGCAUUGACACGAGCACACGCGGUCAGGCGGAGAGCACCACGUACGUACUGGGACGGGAAGGGCGGGAUGGCUCGGGAUCCGGAGGGCGAGAACGUGGACCAGGGGAUGUGGUGUCAGGCUGUGCGCCCAUCGGUCGACACAGACGUAUGCAUUUCACUGAAGUGUACUCGACCAGGACAGACACGCGGAGAUGUGCGUCGGGACCACCUGUCGUAGGAUCCGCUUUUGGGUUCGCAAUGCAUUGCGAACCC